CGCGAACUGGCGGUUUCUUCGAAGGUCUUAAUUGGAACAAACAAAACAUGGUGUCGAGCUUUCGCUAAGCCAACGCAAGUGUAGUGUACGAGAUUAAAAUAUUACAAUGGAAAAGUACGAAAAAUACAGGUUUGAUCAAUAAAAGAAAAUGGGUUCAAGGUAUAAAGAUGAAAGGCUUAUCAACAAGGUUGAUGAGCUUGCUGCCUCACUUCAUGCAACAUCAGAAGUUUUGUCAACAGCUGACAACAUGUUAGAACAUUAUAGGGACUUAAACAGAGAGCAAGAUGUUGAAAUAGCCAGGCUAAAUGAUGAACUCUGGGCAACGAAAAGACCAUCUGUGUCUCAUAGAUCCAGAAGACGCAGCUUACCAAGAACCCCAUCAAUUUCUGAUGUAGAAGAAAGGAGAGCCAGGGCAACUAAAGUCAAGUUCACAGAUGAAGAGUCAAACUCAGAUAUUGAAGAGUUUGAAACUGCACUGCGUGAGUUGAAUAGAAAGCAACAUCGGUUGGAAAAAGAGCUGAAAAGAAAUCAAAGAAACGGGACCCAGGAACUUAAAGGUCUAAUGGAUUCUCUGAAAAAAGACUCGGACGACAGCGUGCUUGAAAAGAAAUUGAAGGAAAUUCAACAACAGCUUGAAAUUGACCGCAUCAAGAAAUCGUUCAAGGACGAAAAUGUUGAAAAACUCGCUGAUGAAAUCAGGCACAUCAGGGGCCUAGUCCAAUCGAGAGAAUCAAGAGAACCCCUAACUCCACGGCAUGAGAAUAGUUCACGGUCGUUCGUAGAAGAACUAAGGAAUGAAAGAGAAAGGUCAAUACGAGAUCAAGAAAUGAUUUCUGAUUUGCAAAGACAACUUCGGCAGCGGGAAGAGGACCAGGAGAAACUUUUAUCACAGCUCAGGAGAACCAGAGGGGAACUCGAAGAGAGUGACGCAGGUCAAAGGCGCUUGUCUAAAAGGCUGGAGACUUUAGAAGAAAACUUUGAAAAGGAAAAAUCCGAAAAAAGAAAACUCGAGGAAGAAAUAGGAUCUUUUAAGACGAAUACAACGAAAAUCAGUCGAGAAAAUGCAGAACUGACUACCCAGAUGCAGUAUCUUCGUGAUCAAAGCCGACCCAGUUCACAAUUGAGUGACUUUCAGAGAAGGCUGGAUGAUUUGGAACGCGAAAGAGAAAAGGCUGUCGACAACCAGAACUCCUAUCGCAACGAACUUGACCGGAAAGAUGUUCUCGUUGAUAAAAUGACAUCACAGAUCAGAGAGCUGACCGGGCACAUGGAAAAGGCCGAGUCAGAAAAAAGAAGAUACCGAAAUGAACUUGAAGACAAUAUCAAAAAGCUGAGGGAUUAUUCUCUUGAUUUAGAAGACUUGAAAAGUGCUCUUAAGGACAGGGACAGUGAAUUGCGGGAAAGUGAACAGAAAAGACAAGAGCUCAAAAGCAGGGCACUUGAGGCGAUAAAAGAGUACCGAGGAAAAUGCCGUGACUUAGAGAAAGACAAAACUCGUUUAGAGAUUUUUACAUCGCAGGAACGCGAGGAAAUGCGUCAAAGGGAAUUACUCGAAAUGAAAAGCCAGAAUCGUGAAUUUGAACUUGAAAGUAAGAAAUCGGAACAUGACAUACGAGAACAAGAGGAUAAGACCAGACGGUUGGAAGACGAAAUCCAGAGGCUUCAAAACCAAGUAUCCCAACUGCUUUACGAGAGAAAUCAAUUAGAAGAGGGGUUGUCUCAGACAAAUUUGGCUAAGAAAGACAUGUCAAAAGUACAGCACGAAUUUCAAGAUCUCAGUGCAAGAAACGCUGCAAUCAGUGGACAGCUCGCUGAAGAGACAGGCAAACGUCGAGAACUAGAGGAAAGACUUAUGGAACUGCAAGAAAAACAAAAUUCAGCAAAAGAAGAAGCUGCAACUUUGUACCAACAGUUGCAAGAGGAACGACUAUCACACGCAAAAGCCAUGAGAAAAUUGGACGAAGAAUUAAAAUCAAUUUCGACCAACGAUGACAGGAAUCUAAAAGAUCUGGCAGAGAAAACAAGCCAAGAGAAAACGAAAUAUGAAAAUGAAAUCAAAUCCUUACAAAGUCAACUGGCAGAAGAACGUACGUUGGUUAAGGCCAACCAGACAUCAAAGGAUGAUUGCCAGAAAGAAAUGUUGAAAUUAAACUCGGAAAACAGCAGGAUGGUUGAAGAAAAUAGACGAAUCCGCAGGAAAUACCAGUUAAUGAAAAGAGAUUUCGAGGAAAAGCUGUCUAAAUCGGAAAAGGAAGUCCAUCAGCAGAAAGAACGAAUAACCGAACUUGAAGAUGAGCUGAGAAGAAAUCAAGAGAAUCUUCUGCAAACAAGAGAGGCUUUCAAGCAAAGCCUUAAAGAUAUACAUCAGUCAGUGGAUUCCUUGCUGGACAAUUUAAUGCAAGAAGCAAACCAGUCUGUUCCAAUAAAAAGUUUGUCGGAAUCUGUCCCCAUGGAUCUGAAUAAAUGGAGUAUUGAUAUCUUGGAUAAGCUCGAAAAGUGCAAAGAUUUACAGAGAGUAAUCUCCGAAGGAAGUGCCGCUCAGUCGAAUCAGUUUACCAAAGCACAAGAUAAAAUUCAGGGUUUGAUAAAAGAUUCUGACCAGGACAAAAACUAUUUCUUGGCAGAACUGGAGAAACAAAAUGAAGUCAUAAAGGCCUUUAAGAUUGAAAAAAGAGGUGUAGAAAAGUUACAAAAGGAUAAAAAUAAAAAGAUUAAAAACCUACAGGAAAGAGUGGAUGAGCUGACGAAGCAUCUCGAACAGUGUACGAAAAUUUUACAUGCAACUUUGGCGGCAAUGGAAGAGCGGAAAACAGUACUUGAUGAUCUCGAUUUCCUAAAAGACGAACAGUUAGAGAAGGAAAGACUUCAUGAAAAGUACAUUAGGCAUACUGAGAGACUGGGCAGUUUACAAGAUCAGCUGGAAGACGCCAAAAUGGCUCUUCAGGGGGUUAAGGAUGAAAACCUUGAUAGCACGUUAUUAAGUAUGAAAGUUUUGCAGAGUUUAAGUCCAGCACCUAAACGACGCCACGAAGAAAAAAAUAAUCUUCUGUUCAAGGGAGGAAACAAAACAAGCUCACAUCGUGACACUUUAAUCAGUCGUGGCUCCUUUCUUACAGCUUCUGAUGCAGAAGACGAACGACCUCCAUCAAAGAGGUCCAAAGAGUUGCAACCAAUGGCAAUGACUGACAGAGAAUUCAACGAUAGCUUCGUUCCUAGAAGAGAAUAAAUUAAGGUUGCCACUCAAGCAAGUUUGAUGAAAGGUCAACUUGGUAAACUCAUGGAAAAAACAUGUUUGAAUAGCAUAUAUACGAAAGUAUUUAAAUUCUAUAGUAUUUUUAUGUGAAUGACUAUUUUUGUAAGUGUCUUUCACACCUUAUUGUUAUUAUUUGUACAUAAGAAUUAUCUUUAUUUUAUUCAAAAAUUUUUAACACAUAUAAUAAACAUUUAUUGUUUGUUACUUGAGUUGAUUUAAAAGUUGUGAUACGCAAAUAAAUCUUCCGCACUUCUUUAUCUAAUUACUCCAAUUGAAUAAAAAUUUUCAUACCGAUGUUUUUGAUGGUUCAGAUUUUCCGCUUUUGGUGCAACUUCGAAGUUUCUUCAAAUUAAGAGAAGCAGUCCGAUCAUGUUUGCUCAUAUUACAUCUUCUUCUAACGAACAAGGUCCAGGUAUUCAUCAUGACGAUCUUGCAAAUUUUUCCGCUUUCUUCAUUUUAUUCUACUGCAUUUAAUGUUGAUAAACGCCUUUCUAAACAACAGCUUCAAUUACCCGCUCUCUUUGUUUACAAGAGGAAGUAGCGUUGUAAACAGAAGGACAUUUUGGCGGUGAAUGACAUAAACAAUUAUAUAAAUAACAUGUUAAUGGCGGUUGUUUAGCUAAAGAUAGAGGGAAAACAGAUAAAUAAACCAAAAUAUCAAAAGAUACGCCUUUUCACAAGUUUAGACCACUUACGCCCUAAGAGCCGUCAGAAUGUCGGCAUUCGACGCAUUUUCUUCAUAAUAACAUACAGAAGUCAUGAGAAUGAUAAAAGAUGAACACAACUGGAAAUGCAGCUCUAAAAGAAAACCUGUAAAAAUACAACAGAAACAUUCCGAGUAUUUUAUAAAUUACAGCUAAUCUGACAUAUAUCAAAUAAAUAACUUGUUGUUUCUUCAUAAUUACAAAAUAAUGUUAACAUUCAUUAUCCAAUAAUCAAACAGGUAACACUCUGCACAUAUUUACACGCAAUAUUUUAAUUCAAAAUUCACAUAGUCUGCUGAACUCAUAAAAUUGCCUAUCUAGAAAACAUGCAAGAAAUGAACGCAUUUCAAGUAAGUAGGAAAACCACUGGCGUGGAAUCUGGGAAGAACAAUAAUGGGUAUUUGAACCACUUUAAACCAUAAGAUUGUAUUUGUGAGUUCAUAAUACAAAAAGACGCCUUGAGGUGCCAAGGUAUGAUAUUCAUAUUGCCAUUGCGUCUGGCAGAUUCAUAUGGUUCAACUAUAUUGAAAAAUUCAAAAGAAUAUAAAUUGAAGUUCCCAUUGCCAAAAGCAACUUGUAUUGGCCCUUAUUCUGCCACCAGUGGCGCUAACAGCAUCAAUGCCCACCAAAACGUUGACAUAACUCAUAUAAAAAAGUAAACUUAAAACCUGGCUUCAAAACACGAGAGACUUACUUAGGGUCAGUAAAUGGUGAAUGGGAUAAUAGCUACAAAUCAGUGCAUCAACAGGCUAGAAGGAACGAGUUCCAUGUAGUUUAACUGAACAUGAACCGUUUGUAACUAAAUCAUCAUUUACACUUUAUAACUGGGAAAUAAAUUACUCUUUUCUUCUGUUUGAUUUUGUGUCUGCGUUCUUCGAGUUAAGAUUGAAAAUACUUAGAAAUAUCCUUCAUUUACUUAUACCCAUCAGACUUGACUAUGGCAAACAGAUUUGAUAAAAUGAUACUUUAAUGGCUGUGAAACGCAAAAUUGAUCUUGUUUGUUUCUGAAAUGAAAUGAAAUAGAACCAGACACUUCAUUUAUUAGCCAGUUUAUACCUCUGCAUAAUACUCUACGAGUCGUGCAUACCAAUUUUGCACUGAACAGAACUACAGGGUUAAUUGAACAGCGAAAAAAGUCUUUUUCUCUAUGUCCUCUUAGAGUGGCUUUGCAAGGAAACUGUUUUCUUUGUUGUUGAGAAACGAGAGUCGACAGAUGACCUAAAAAUCAAAAAAAUACUAUCAGCCCAAAUUAAAACAAAUUUUUUCAAAUAUUGUUUACUCAAAGCUGAAAGAGUACUUAAAAAGUAUUUUCUUUCACCGGUAUUUAUUAAAACUUGAGACACACAAACUUCAAGAAAGAUACUUAAAGUGGGAAAAAGGAAUCAGACUUUCUAAAACUGUUGAAACUCCAAGAAAAACUUCAAAACCAAGGGUUUGUACAUUCGACAUGGCAAGUUCCUUUAAAACUCAGGGCAAUUUUGUUUUGAUAAUCCAGAGCAUUUUAACAAUAUGAAUGAGCCUAGAGAGAUUACAUAUUUGUUGCUGUCGAGUUUCAUACGCUAUGCUAUAGCUCGAUAGAGUUCAAAUAUUUUUAAUGGUCACAUCAGCUACGAAAACACUAUAAUUAGAGUUCACAGAUAUGGAAAAUGUUAACGCCGAUCGUAGUACGACUCUCUUGUUACUGAAAAAUUGUAAAAACAGUCCUUACGUUUUUGCUGUUUUUCCAGGCGUUAUUUUAACUGUUGGCACAGAUGCUCUAUGACCAACACUUCCUUUUUGUCUCGCGUCACCAGAAGUAAAGCUUUGAGCUCUCGACACACUAAUUGGGUUUGAGGGCUGCCGCGAUACUAGCGCUUUGCCUUGGUAGAAAAGAAACAUAUAAUUACAGACAUGAAGCAGAAGUCAAGGGAAACAAAAGACUAAAUGUUUAAAAAUUUCAGGCUGGGCCUAUCAGCAUCAGUUUGUUUGACAGAAUAUGUACAUGAAAAUACUCAGAAAAAAUGUAGUAUUGAUAAAACAAAUCGAUGUUCUUGAAAUUUAGGGGAUCAAAAAAUGGCAUAUUUAAGAUCAGCUUCCACGAAAUUUGCCGACCAAAUGAGAGUGGGAAGUUGAGCACGCACAACUCUACAGCUAUUGCACCAAGUUAUAUUGUAUCAAUAGCUAUUUUACUUAACACUCUGAGCAGAUAGCACAAAAUAUUCUACCUGUCGAUGAAGUUGAUCCUAUGCUAAUACUGCCAUCAGAUUUGCUGCUGUUCUUUUUCGAAUCCAGUUCUUUCACCUUUCCAAUGUUCUUAGAAAUGGCUAAAGGAAAAAGUGAGGGUUAUAUUUCCAGGAAAUGAGCUAGAAGUUCAUGAUAGCUACACUUUGGCAGAUAGAUAUGAACAAAGAGUACAAGAAGGGGGCUAAUAACUUCAUACACACACAAUAGAAGCAGAAAUGGAGCGCCGAUGGCUAAAAGAAGUUGCU